AUGGGAAAUGAAUGUAAACAAUGUACACAGGAUGUUCAAUCGAUCAGCAUUCCAACUUAAUAAAACAUUAUAACUUAAUCUCAUUAAUAUAGCUUUGGAAUGAACUAACUUGACAAUGAUAUUAAUUUUGAGUUCUCCAGUAUUGAUAUUCCAACUGUUCCAUAAUUUGGUUUUGAAUAAUAAAAAAUUAAAGCUGAUCUAUUUCCCCCUUAAGCUUUAAGAGUUGUUACUGAAGAUUCAAAUAUGUCAUUGUUAGAUUGUGAAGAAACAGUGGAGUAAUAAAUCAAGGAAGAUAUUGACUGUGCUAAGUAGAUCAAGAGAUUCUAAAGUCAAGAGGAUUAUUAUAAUGCUUAAUAAUCAAAUAGAAUGAGAUAUAUGAACGGAAGUAAUUUGACAGCUUCAUCAGAAGCACAAAUCUAAUAAUAAUAACAAUCUUAAAGAUCUAUUCAGAAAUAAAGAUAAUUAGUAUGGGAUUGUAGAACUAUAAAUAAAGAAUUACAAUAAAAGAAAAAAGAUAACUCAAACUCAAUGAAUCAUUUAAUACAAACUGAUUAAUAGGGUCUUACUGGUAGAGAGAAACCAAAGAGGAAAACACAUACACCAUAUUAAUUUAAUAAACAAAGUGAAGAACAAAAUCAAACAAAACUAAAUGAAAAAAAAAAUUUUCAUCCUAAACCUAAAAAAGAUGAAUUUGUUUAAUAGAAAGCUAAAUAUCUAUAGCAAUCACAAAGCAGUGAGUUUUUUAAAUAUAAUUGA